UCUAUAUUAUUUGAUGCGAUUUCUAUUGGUAUUGUUGUGACUAAAGCAUUAUAAUAACUAAAAUAUGCAAUAUAAGUUCGUGUUUCAACAUUAUCUAAAUAUCUUAUAAAAAUAGCAUCUAUUUAUAUUUGUAGUUAUUGAUGUAUUGUCAUCAAAAGUUCUCAUAUUUAACUACUAAACUGUGCGUGAUGCGAAGUUCGCUCUAUCUCACUCUCUCUCGAUCUUUCUCACUUGCUUGCUCCCUACUUUCGUUCCAUGGCUAUGUGCUUCAUGCUAUGUUCAACCUUUCUCACUCACUCAAUCGCUCUCUCCCUCUUUUUCGACAAAAACGUUGCACAUCUUCGUGACGCUAAUAUUAUUAUUAUUGCGUUUUAUCCGUAAAAAUUUUACCCUCAUGUGCACAAAGAAGUUUCACUUCAAUAAUAAUUCGGACUCAUAUUCAACGAUUUGUUGAAGAUUUUUGGAAAAAUGAUGAUUGACAUUUUUGAUUUUCGAUUUUUUUUUUUUUUUAUAAAAAACUUCAGUAUUGUUGAAUUAUUAGCUAAUUUUAUAAAUUAUCAAUUAAAUAACUAAUUUUUUUUAACGACAUUUAUCUCAGUUUUUAAAAAAUUAUUCAGUAUGUAACAAAAUAAAUAAUAAAACUAGACGCUAAAAUAUUUCGUUUAAACUACAAAUUUUUAUAGAUGCAUGCGGGUCUCUAUUUUCAAGUACCUACUUUUAUGACUUUCUGGCCAUUGAGGCCGUAAAUGCAUCCCUUGUUCUUAUCAACCCGGGCACUCAUCUGGUUCGGCUUAAAUAUUUUCCGUUGUUACUUUUCCUUUUUUUUUAUAUGUAAUAUUUUUUUCAACGGUUUUUUUCAAGAAUAUUUCUCCGAAUUUUUCCCAUUUAUUAAGAAAUAAAAAAGAGUCUCUGUACUCUGGAGUUCUAAAAGCACGACAGUAAACGUCAGUCUUCAGCAAUCUUUUGAACACACAACUUCACGACACCCAUCUCCAAACUUGUACCUAUUUUCCCCAUCAAUUCAAAGUUAUCAGUCUUUUGUGGUGACUUAUUCACUCGUUAACAAGUGUAUACAGUGUAUUCUCGUCAAUCGUUUAAUUUAUCAAUUAUUGCGUCAACUGCUAUCUAAUAUUUCAGAACAUAUAAUAAAAUACUCAAAGAGAACAAAUUGAACGAGCCACAAUCCUGUCUGUACGAGCAUCCAGUCCAAUCACAUUGGGGAAGGCGAUAAAUCUAUAACCAUCAACAGGAAUUUACCUCUUAACUCUACCAACGUCACACACUGCAGAGUCUUCAACUCAAAUAUACAUUCUCAUCUUGGAUUCACCAGCACCAGAUAAACUUAUUUAAAGAAGAUCUAAAAUGGAUCUUGAAUUAAAUCCAACAACAGCUGACAAUUCACUGAUGUAUCAAGCCAUCGAAGAUGACAAAUUGGAAGAUCUUAAAUUGUUAUUAGAAAAUGGAAUGGAUGUAAAUGAACCGAUAAUAACAACUGGAGAAUUUGCUGGAUUCACAGCAUUGCAUGUUGCAUGCAUGAAAAAUAAAGAUCACUUGGUGGAGUUACUAGUUUUUGAUUAUAAUGCAGAUGUCAAUGCAAUGGCUGCUGACGGGACUCAACCCAUUCAUUUGGCUUGUUUUUAUGAACCAGUAUUCGACAUUUCAACCUGGGUUUACAAUCCAAAAAAACCCAUUCAUAAAAUAAGAUCAUUGGUGACAGCUAAUGCCAAUGUUAAUGCCGAAUUUGGACAAGAAAUUUUUUCAAAGCACGUCAAAGACGAAAAAUGGUGUCCCGAUUUUGGUGACAAAAUGCCAAUAGUUGCAUAUAUUAUUAUUUAUGAUAAGCCAAUAAUAAUGUGUCUUUUCGAAAAAGUCAACUUAAACACUAUAAGCCUUACAAAUAAAACAUUGCUGAUGUAUGCUAUUGAAUACAACCGUGAUUUAUAUAUUUCAGACGUUAUGAAAAAUGUAAAGGAUCCAGAGUUGAGGGAUAAGUUGAUAAACCACCGCGAUAAUGAUGAUAUACCGCUAACUCAUUAUCCAUUCCAUCCUGAAAAAUAUGGGAAGUUUCGAUAUCAUGAAAGCACGUUGUUCGUUGAUUACUUUUUCGAGGAAAACUUUAUUCCUGAUUUAUUAAAGUUGGGGGCUGACAUUUACGCACUGAUAAACAAUAAUCCAGCAACAUUUUUGCCUAAUCUAUCAGCUUAUAGAGGUUGUACAACUCUACUGGAGUAUGCUUUGCCUUAUUAUACUUCUAUGUCCUUAUCUAGGGUUUUAUACUACGCCACGCUGCCUAUAGAUGAAAAUUCUGAGCAUUUAAUAAGUUACAAAUCAGAUCGUGAACGACUUUUUUAUCUAGUAAAUAUCAGAAGAAAUCAAAAAGAUUGUAUAGCUAUUGCUUUAAGAGAUCUGGUCUUAAGGAGUGCAUUCAGAUUACCUGUUUCAGGAGAAGAAAUAAAAUUGAUGGAUCAAUUAAUUGCCAGCGACGAAAAUCUCAGAGAGAUCAUAAAUGACUUUAAAAUAAAUUUCAUUGAAAAAGAAUUAAAGGAGUGUUUUAUUAAAUUCGGUGAUUAUAAAAUGACAAUGUAUGACUUUUCAAUGCAAGUUUUUGACUCUAAAAAAUUAAAAUUGUUGGCGCGAGAAGAGGAUUUGAUCAAUGUCCUAAGUAAAUUUUUCGAGGAAAAAAUUAAAACCUCGAGUCAUUCCUACUUUACGGUCAUUAAAAAACGUAUUAAAAUCAGGAUAGUAGAUGCUCAGAUUAGGUUAGAUCUUCUCCAACUUUUGAAGACAAUUCCAUCACUUAGAGAAGCCAUACCGUUACCGUUUGAAGUGGUAUUAGAUAUUGUUGAGUAUCUAAAUAACAUACAGUUGUUCGUAUUAAUAAACGCAUUUUAUAGUUUCCCACAUAGCAAAAUGACGUAUUAA